UGGGCUUCCUUUCACUCUCUCACUCUAUGUGUCUGUGUGUGUUUGUUUGUGUUUGUGUGUGUGUUUGCCUGCAUCCGCGUAGCCUUAUAAGCCAUCGCCAGUGCUGGAGUAGGGGCUGUGAUACGGGGCUUGCAUCUGCUGGUUCGGUGUGUGCGCCUUGCUCGUGCAGUUGCGGGAUUGAGUGGAGCAUGUAACUGCCCCGUGUUGGGUCCUCUGCAUCUGCAAGCAUGGAGUCUCCGGCUCCCUUUCCGUACCUGGAAGCCGUGGUAGGAUUCAUGGUGUUCAUGUACCUGUUCGAGACCUACUUGGACAUGCGGCAACACGCGGCGCUGAAGCUGCCCACCCUUCCUGCCCCUCUCGUGGGGAUAGUUAGCAUGGAGAAGUUCGAGAAGGCGCAGGCAUACAGUUUAGAGAAGAGCCGUUUUCAUUUCGUGCACGCGGCGGUGGGUAUUGUGGAGGAGUCGGCUACUCUUCUGCUGGGGUUGUUGCCGUGGACGUGGGACAAGAGUGGAUCGUUGGUAGGGAAGUUAGGGUUUGAUCAGAGUAGUGAGAUUUUGCAUACGCUUGCUUUUCUUGCGGUGAUUACGCUUUGGUCGCAGGUGCUCGAGCUUCCAUUCUCACUCUACUCGACUUUUGUCAUCGAGGCACGCCAUGGCUUCAACAAGCAAACUUUAUUGUUGUUUUUCCGGGACAUUAUCAUGGGGCUGGCUCUUACGGUGGUAGUCGGUCCUCCCAUAGUUGCGGCAAUUAUCGUUAUUGUGCAGAAGGGCGGCCCGUAUCUUGCCCUCUACCUGUGGGCGUUUAUGUUGUUGCUCUCCCUUGUUUUGAUGGCUCUCUACCCCGUUCUCAUCGCGCCUCUUUUCAACAAAUUCACCCCUUUGCCGGAAGGAGAGCUUCGUUACAAGAUUGAGAAGCUGGCAUCGUCUUUAGGGUUCCCCCUCAAGAAGUUGUUUGUAAUUGACGGUUCCACCCGGUCUAGCCAUAGCAAUGCAUACAUGUAUGGAUUCUAUAACAGCAAGCGUAUUGUUCUGUAUGAUACCCUAAUCUCUCAAUGUAAAAAUGAAGAGGAAGUGGUGGCAGUUAUCGCCCACGAGCUGGGCCAUUGGAAGCUGAGUCAUACCAUGUACUCAUUCCUGGCUAUGCAGGUGCUUACACUGUUGCAGUUUGGAGGAUAUACGCUUGUUCGGAAUUCUACUGACCUCUUUCUGAGCUUUGGGUUCACGACACAGCCAGUGCUCAUUGGGUUGAUCCUUUUCCAGCACACGAUCAUGCCUUUCCACCAUCUUGUGAGCUUUGCUCUCAACUUGGUGAGCCGAGCUUUCGAAUUUCAGGCCGACGCCUUCGCCCGCUCAUUAGGGUACAAGGACUCAUUGAGAGCUGGUCUGAUAAAGCUUCAGGAAGAGAAUCUGUCUGCCAUGAAUACGGAUCCGUGGUACUCAGCGUAUCACUAUUCACACCCGCCUCUUGUAGAGCGGUUGCAAGCCCUGGACGAGGCGUCCAAGAAAGAGGAGUAGAGCCCACCUUAUUCUUGCCAAAGUGAAGGUUAGUAGGAAUUUAGUUUUCUCUAGAAGAAAGAAAAAUCAGCUAUGUUGUAGUACACUCGCUGUAAAAUUCACCGAUGAAUCACAAAUGAUACAUGGAACCUUAUUCUUUGAUCCUGAUGAA